AAUCCCUCACAGUUUCACGCAAAUUUCGAGCCCCAACCAACCCAUCUCUCUCUCUCUCUCUCUCUCUCUCUCUCAUGGGGGUCUUUGGAGGUGCAAUAUUCGUUGUCCUUUCUCUACUUGUGAUUGAACGAGCGGUUACAACGUUAGGACAUGCUAAGGGAGAGAGGGAAGAAACUGCCGAGACCGGUUCCUGCGACGCCUCCGCAGGAACGUGGGUCUACGACAGUUCAUACCCUCUCUAUAACUCCUCCCAGUGUCCCUUCCUGGAGAACCAGUUCAAGUGCCUCGAGAACGGCAGGCACGACGCGGGUUACCUCAAGUACAGAUGGAAGCCGGCCGGCGGCUGCGACUUGCCGAGGUUCGACGGCCGAGGCUUCUUGUCGAGAUUGAGGGGGAAGAAGCUGAUGUUUGUGGGGGACUCGCUGAGCUUGAAUCAAUGGCAAUCCCUCACUUGCAUGGUGCACACCGCCGUGCCUGAGGCCAAAUACACUUCGACAACAGUCGAUGGGCUUUCCAACUUCUCAUUCCCGGAGUACGGAGUGGAGUUGAUGUUCUUCCGAGACGCGUUCCUGGUGGACAUUGUGAGCACGAGCACCGGGCGAGCUCUCCAGCUAGACUCUCUCCAGAACGCCAAGCUUUGGGAGGGCACAGACGUGUUGGUGUUCAACUCAUGGCACUGGUGGCUUCACGUCGGGAGGAAACAACCAUGGGAUUAUAUCCAAGAAGGGAAUAAGACCUAUAAGGACAUGGAUCGCUUGGUGGCUUACGAGAAAGCAUUGAACACUUGGGCCAAAUGGGUAGACUCCAGGGUCGACCCAUCGAAAACGACGGUGUUCUAUCAAGGAGUAUCCCCGGACCACGCAAACGCAAGCGACUGGGGUCAGCCGAAGGCCGAUGCCUGCCUCGACCAGACGCGCCCGCUCGCCGUGUCGAGAUACCCGGCUGGCCCGCACCCGGCGGAACUGGUGGCGGAGAAAGUGAUAAGGUCGAUGACGUUCCCUGUCCGUCUGCUCAACGUCACGUAUCUCUCGCAGCUCAGAGUAGAUGGACACCCAUCGGUAUACGGCUUUGGAGGGCAUAGGAACAUGGAUUGCAGCCAUUGGUGUCUUGCUGGAGUUCCUGAUACCUGGAAUUUGUUCCUUUAUCAGUCCCUAGUAGCUCACAAAUUUUGAAUCUAUACACUGCUAGAAUAAGUGGAUGAUUCAAAUUCAGAUUUUUAUUCCGUCAUAUGAAAUUUCAGGAUAUUAUGGAUGGAAA